AGUGAAAUAUUUGCAUGCCAAGGACCAAACUAUUGUAAAGCAGGUGAUGGAGACCCUAGAGGCUAGAGGUGGUUGAAACAAGAGUAGCUCAGACAUUCAUGUGGACAGAUACAAACAUAUUAAUUAAUUUCAUACUUAGUUAGAUAUAGUAUGAUUGAUUAAAUGAAUUAGUUACUCUCUUUUUCCGUCCUUGGAAUCUAAUCACUAGCUAGCUCCUAAGUCUUAAACUAGAUAUGAGAGGGUAUAAAGUUCCAGGAUUUUAUGACAAUGACAUUAACAAUGUUUGGUGGUAUUGUGAAAAUUAAAGGAAAAACUCGAAAGCAACGGAAGAGAUAAAGAGAGAGAGUGUGUGAGGGGGGGGGGGUGGGGUGGGGUUUGGAUGGAUGGAGCAGAGGUGGAUGUUGGUGUGAAUGUAUUUCUGAGUUUGGGAAUCACAGAAAGACAGUGAAGAAAGCCUGCAACAGAAUCCAACAUCCAAACAUGGUAAAGCUUAGGAAGCCACCAUCCGCAUAGAUUCACAAUCUUUUUUCUCUCUUCUGCUGCUGCAUCCAUGUAAAAUAACCCCUCUUAGCUACGUGCCGCCCACUUGUUUCCAACUCCUCUCUACAGAUAUAUAUAGAAAGAGAGUUCAAAAUUAACAACCCUCUUCUCUUUCUCCAACAUGAAAUUUAUUAACUAGUGGUUUGGCCUCACACUUGCAUGGAAUAUGGAGGAACCCUUUCAUUUUCUCUCUGCUUAGCUUCAUAAUUCGCUUCCUCUCAAUCUUCCAAGUCUCAAAAGAAAGAAUCAUGGAGAGUAAGGGAUACAGAAAACUAAACCUCACCCACAAAUCUCACUUGCUUUUCUGUUUCUCAGUUUGGGUAUUGGUUAGCAUCAUCACCACUGCAACCACAUGCCAACGAGCAGAUUUCAGUUUUCUACUGUUUGCUCAAGCCGCGGAUGGUAUUUGUUCUCAGGUGAUGACUAGGAUUCGGUUGUCACAGGAAAUUGCCCAGGAGAACCAAGUGUCUAUUCCUGUUGAAAUCCAAGGACACCCUUCAAGCUUGCCCAGGAGAGUUUUGAGCGGCCCCGGAUCAUCCCCGCCACGGUGUGCCUCAAAGUGCGGCAAGUGCACGCCGUGCAAGCCUGUUCACGUGCCGGUACCUCCUGGAACACCGGUCACUGCCGAGUACUAUCCAGAAGCAUGGAGGUGUAAAUGUGGCAAUAAGUUGUACAUGCCAUGAUGCUCGUAAUUUUGUUUGGUCAUAUAAAUAUAUGUGUAGUGCUAGUACAUGUGACAAUGGAGAACAAUGAAUAGACCAUUGCUGGUUUUACUGUGAUUAAAA